UCUUUUGAAGUUUCUCUCUCCUCCUUUCUCUCUCCUCUUUCGAAGUUUCUCUCUCUUCUCACUCCUUUUUCAAGUGUUUGCUUCUGACAUAAUUCCGGAUUCGGUAUCCUUCCGUUUGUGGGUGCUCCUGCAACAUCUCCUUUUUUCCAUACCAUUUCUUCUAUGUGAUUUUCUCUCUCUAAGUCCCCGGUGUAUUCCUCCUGAUUUCACAGUGCUUAAGAAUACAUAUAAGACAGGAACUUGUGAGAUUCUUCUUGGGUUUCCUUUCACUGUGAAAAUGGGACUCCCCAUGUUCUGAUUUUUGGCUGGACAUGGAUAUUGAGGGAGGUUUAUAUGCUAACUCUGUUAAGAAAGAGUCAUGGAAGACUGUUUUGACAUUGGCCUAUCAGAGCUUGGGUGUGGUCUAUGGAGAUUUGAGUACCUCUCCACUCUAUGUGUACAAGAGCACAUUUGCCGAAGAUAUUAGGCAUUCAGAGACUAAUGAGGAGAUUUAUGGAGUUCUCUCCUUUGUUUUCUGGACCCUUACUCUGGUUCCUCUGCUAAAAUACGUUUUCAUCGUUCUCAAAGCCGACGAUAAUGGUGAAGGUGGAACCUUUGCUUUGUAUUCUUUGCUUUGCCGGCAUGCUAGAGUUAGUUUCUUGCCAAAUUGUCAGGUUGCAGAUGAGGCACUCUCUACAUAUAAAAAGGAUAGUCUCCCCGAAACUAGUAUUGGAUCAAGGGUGAAAUUGUUACUGGAAAAGCAUAAAGUCUUACAAAGGGUUCUGCUAAUUUUGGCAUUGAUAGGGACCUGUAUGGUUAUUGGUGAUGGAGUUCUUACCCCUGCAAUUUCAGUUUUCUCAGCAGUAUCUGGGCUCGAGCUUUCUAUGUCAAAAGAGCAUCACAAAUACGCAGAGGUCCCUAUUGCUUGUAUUAUUUUGGUGGGUCUGUUUGCUCUCCAACAUUAUGGUACCCAUCGGGUGGGAUUCAUGUUUGCACCAAUCGUUAUAACAUGGCUUUUAUGCAUCAGCAUUAUUGGUGUCUAUAAUAUCUUCCAUUGGAACCCUCAUGUGUAUCAAGCACUUUCUCCCUAUUAUAUGUACAAAUUUUUAAAGAAGACCCAACGUGGUGGUUGGAUGUCCUUGGGUGGAAUCCUUUUGUGCAUAACAGGUUCUGAAGCCAUGUUUGCAGAUCUAGGACACUUUUCACAGUUAUCAAUCCAGAUUGCUUUUACAUUUGUGGUAUAUCCUUCAUUGAUACUUGCAUAUAUGGGGCAAGCAGCUUAUCUAUCGAUGCACCAUGUAAUUGAGAGUCACUACCAUAUUGGGUUCUAUGUUUCUGUACCAGAGAAAAUUCGUUGGCCAGUCUUGGCUAUAGCAAUACUUGCAGCAGUUGUUGGUAGCCAGGCCAUUAUCACAGGAACAUUUUCAAUCAUAAAACAAUGCUCCAAUAUGGCAUGUUUUCCCCGUGUUAAGAUUGUUCAUACGUCAGAUAAAAUACAUGGCCAGAUUUACAUCCCGGAGAUAAAUUGGAUUCUCAUGCUCUUAUGCUUGGCUGUCACAAUUGGGUUCAGAGACACGAAAAGGAUGGGCAAUGCUUCAGGGCUUGCGGUGAUAACAGUGAUGCUCGUGACCACAUGUCUUAUGUCCCUUGUCAUUGUCCUCUGCUGGCACAAGACCAUCCUUCUUGCUAUCUGCUUCAUCUUCUUCUUUGGUUCCAUUGAGGCCCUCUACUUCUCUGCCUCCCUCAUCAAGUUUCGCGAGGGCGCAUGGGUCCCAGUGGCCCUCUCUCUUGCCUUUAUGGGCGUCAUGUUAGUAUGGCACUAUGCCACCCUCAAGAAAUAUGAAUUUGACAUGCAAAACAAGGUAUCCAUGCAGUGGCUCCUUGGCCUCGGUCCUAGUCUGGGGAUUGUGCGUGUACCUGGCAUUGGCCUUGUCCAUACCGAGCUCGUCUCUGGGGUCCCUGCCAUCUUCUCCCACUUCCUUGCCAACCUCCCUGCCUUCCACCAAGUCCUUGUCUUUGUCUGCGUAAAGUCGGUGCCAGUGCCCUAUGUCAGACCAGGAGAGCGGUUCCUUGUGGGCCGUGUGGGCCCCAAGGACUACCACCUCUAUAGAUGCAUUGUUCGUUAUGGCUACCUCGAUGCGCGUAAAGAUGAUGUCGAGUUUGAAAACGAACUCGUCUACUCGAUCGCAGAGUUUAUACGUGGCUCUGGGGGUGGUCUGCAAAAUGUUGGUGACGAGCUGGGGGAGAAUAGUGAUGCAAUGACAGUGGUGGGGAGCCCGGGGCCGGAAUCCGAGAUCAUGAGGGCCUGUGAUGGUGGUAGUGGACCCGCAGAGCCCACGGGAUCCACGGAGAUAUGGUCCCCGAGGCUCGGGCCUGGGCCAGUGCCAAGGAAACGGGUGAGGUUUGUUCUGCCCGAGAGCCCUACAAUGGAAGCGGGAGUAAGGGCAGAGCUCAACGAGCUGAUGGAGGCGAGAGAGGCCGGCAUGGCAUUUAUAUUGGGCCACUCAUAUGUGCGGGCGAAACCUGGGUCAAGCCUCUUGAAGAAGGUGGUGAUCAAUGUGGGCUAUGACUUUUUGAGGAGGAACUGCAGGGGGCCUGCCGCUGCCUUGAGCAUACCCCACACUUCCACUCUGGAGGUAGGAAUGAUAUACCAUGUUUAGUGAGGAGACUGAAUAUUUCGGUGAAAUUGUAUAGUAAUAAUAAAUUUUGAGGUUUCUAUACCCCUUAUUUUUCUACGCUUUAACAGUAUUUUAUUCAAAAAAAUUGGAUUCAAUAACAGAACCACGAGUCUUUCAAGGAGUA